AUGUGUAUCAGACCAAACCGAGCAUCGGGUUUGGUCGCCAUAGCCGUCCUCUCUUUAAUGAGGGGCGUGGCGGCACAAAUAAUGAUUGUAGAACCUGCUGGUGCUGUUCGGAAAAACAAUGCAACAAUGAUCGAAGGUUCAACAGCCUCAUUUGGAGCUCCAUUCUACGGGGAACGCGUCGAAGGAGAGUUGCUGUUUUUCGAUACCACCGGAUGCCACGACGACCAGUACGAACUACCUAGCGAGGCUGUGAACGUGACAGAUGCGAGGCCUGCGUCGCCUAUCAUCGUCAUGGUUCGACGCGGCGGGUGUAACUUUGUUAACAAGGUCAAAGUUGCUCAGAGGAAAGGUGCUAAAGCUGUGAUUGUGGCAGACACGAAGGGCUCGCUAUCUUCCAAGAAAGACGUGAAGAAGGUCAUUGUCUCGGACGAUGGCUGGGGAGAAUCUGUGAAGAUUCCGUCGCUUCUACUGAGCGAGGAAGACUCCAACUUCUUGAUUUCUGCGGGAGAUGGUCUUUUUGAAGAUGAUGUCACAGACGUGGCUCGACCAACCCGCGACGGUGGCAGAGGUCGGAAAACUGUCAUCAUCGAACUCGUGUGGUCGCUGCCGAAGGACCACGCAGUUCAAAUUGACGUUUGGUCAACGCCCUCUAGUACCCAGUCGACCAAGUUUCUCAAGGAGUUUGCUCCGUACGCGCAUGCGUUCAAGGACAAGAUCGACUUUCAGCCUCAUUACUGGGUCAUGUCGAUGGCAAGGGAUUUCCACGAAAUGUGCACGGAUGCAACUGCGGAUUUCUGCGCAUUCGACCCCGACUUUGGUGGCAAGACGACAGGGAAAAUGGUUUUGCAGGAGUCAGUGAGACAAUUGUGUCUCUGGGACACCACGAAGAAGCUGCAUCCUGAGAACCCGCACAGCGGUUUCUACAGCGCUGAAUGGUGGUCCUACAUGGAAGCCGUCCCAGACCACUGCCCGCAUGAGGAUACGGAUGACGAGCAUCGGUUCGGCGAAGCAUGCAGCUACAAGCUCAUGGAGUCUCUAAACGUUAACACUCGGCAGGUGAAGAAGUGCUUCGACGAGAAGUUCAACACGAUCCUCGCACAUGAGCUUGUCAACCGCGCUUGGGCUCCCAAUGCAAUUAUUAUCAAUAAGACACGAUACAGUGGAUCUCUCGACCCCGAGCUCGUCACACGCGCCAUCUGCACGGCUUUUGCCACGACGCAGCCGGAGUGCGAAAACUUUCUGAAGAAUGGUCAGCUGAUAAUGAUGGAAGGGCAGGGUCUCACCGAGCGCCAGAUCUUCCUCAUCGCUGCAGGCGUAGUCCUGGUCUUCGGCACACUGUGUUUCUUCCUUGUCUGGUGCUUAAUACUACCCUACGCGAAGCACCGAUGGCGCGGAGCCUAUGCGAUGUUCGGAAGGGGAAGGACGGCAACAGACUCUUCGAACGCGCCACCUACAGCUGUCUACUUGUCUGAACAGACAGAUUCUACCUCUUCGGAUCGAGUACUUCCAAUGCCUAAAGUCUGA